AGAUGGAUAGGGAACAUAGUGGAGAAAAUUGCCUAGAAGAUAAUGUAGAUGAUGCAAGUGAUGACAUGUCAAUAUCCAAUACAAAUGAUGGUUUAGAGUUUGAAAAUAUGUGGAAACAUGUUAUGGACACUUGGCAACGACAACAAGUGGAGGCAAUAGUUCAGUUAUUAUGUUAUAUCGUUAAUCUCUUAUGGUUAUUGAACAUCCAAGCAAUGAUUAUUGGUAAACCCUUAAGCAGUAUAAAUGCGGAAAGAGAUGCAUUACGACAUAAGUUAAUGUGUGAGCUCACUGCAAAUGAAGUCAUUUGUCGUGAUAUUCUUCGCAUGGGUCCAGUCGCAUUUGCUGAAUUUUGUGGAAAGCUCAGAGCUACUGGUUUACUUAAGGACUUUAGACGUGCUACGGUGGAAGAGCAAGUAGCUAAGUUCUUACAAAUUUUAGGCCAAAACUUUAGAAAUCGCGCAUUGGGAUUUUUUUUCCAUCGAUCAGGUGAGACAAUAAGCCGUCAUUUUCAUAAUGUCUUGAGAGCAGUAGUGGCACUUGAAGCCGAGUUCCUUAACCAACCAACUGGAGCUGAUGUUCACCCUCAAAUUUUGAAUAAUAAUAGAUUCUAUCCAUACUUCAAGGUAAGCAAAAUUCAGGUCAAAUGAAUAUAUAUUAUGUAUUUUAUUUAGUUACUGUAACUUCUAAGAAGAUCUAGGUGCAUGUACUUGUCUAUACAGAAUUGUGUUGGUGCAUUAGAUGGAACACAUAUUCGAGUUAAAGUGCCAAGAGAACUUGCCCCUAGAUUUCGAGGGAGAAAAGAAUGGCCUACGCAAAAUGUGUUAGCAGCAUGUUCUUUUGAUAUGAAAUUCACUUAUGUGUUACCUGGUUGGGAAGGAACUGCAUCUGACUCAAGAAUCCUAAAAAAUGCAUUGGAUAGAGAGGAUAAACUUUUAAUUCCACAAGGAAAAUUUUAUCUCGUGGAUGCUGGAUUACCAUUGAGGAGUGGAUUAAUUGCACCAUAUCGAGGUGUUCGUUACCAUUUGAAUGAAUACUCCAGACGCGGACCUCAAAAUGCUAAAGAAUUAUUUAACCAUCGUCAUGCAUCACUCCGUAAUGUCAUUGAAAGAGCUUUCGGUGUUUUAAAGAAAAGGUUUCCAAUUAUAGCUAGUGGCACUGAACCCCAUUACUCAUUUGAAACAAUGAUUGAAAUUGUCUUGGCAUGUUGUAUAAUACACAACUUCUUAAUGGGUGUUGAUCCAGAUGAAAAUUUAAUUGCUGAAGUUGAUCGUGAGCUUAUGCAUGCCGAGGCUGAUCACCAUGUGGGCACAAGUGGUUUAGCAACGGAUGCAGAUUAUAGAAUAGGAGUUAUGUUAAGGGAACAAAUAGCAUCGCAAAUGUGGAAUGACUAUUAUAAUAACUUGUAAUCACAAUUACUAGCAAUGUGUAACUAGUAUGUAUGAUCUCUUAACAUUAAUAAGUAAAUAUAUAUUGCUAAGAUAUUUAUUGUUAUUAUAUACACAUGUGUGGAACACAAUUUACAUUCCAUGUUUAAUAUCUUCUAUUCAGCAAAAAUAUGUUAUGUAAUUUUCUUGCAGAUAAAAAAUGCCAAGGAGGAAAAAGAUUCCAAACCAGGAAAGUUCAAUGUAUGGAAGAGACCAUGUAGUAUGGACAAAUGAAAUGGACAAUGUGUUAAUAAAUGCUAUGUUGGAAGAAGAUCAUAAAGGGAAUAGACCUGAAGGAACUUGGAAUACUAGAGCUUUUGACAAUAUGCUACAAGUGUUAAGGGCAGCAUUUGGCCCUGUAAUUCAAAAAUCAAACAUUAAGAAUCGAAUGAAGACCUUGAAGAGAACCUUUGCUGAGUGUAAGGAUUUAUUUCAUGGUCUUAGUGGCUUUGCUUGGAAUCCUGUAACAAAAUUGUUUGAAGCUACUUUUGAUGUUUGGGAGCAAUUAAUUCAGGAAAAACCGGAAGCACGCAAGUGGAUGCAAACACCAAUUAAUAAUUAUGACAAGCUAUAUGAGCUUUAUGGUAACCAAAGAGCUACAGGUGAAUAUGCAGAAAGUGCAAGAGAAAAGGUUAGACGCUGGCAACGGGAGGGAAGUUCAUCUCAAAUUGAUUUGAAUGACACAUUUGAAAAUGUCAUAAUGUCUAACAGUGAGUUCAAUUGGGUUAAUGAGGUUACUGAUAACAAUAUGAAUAGUCCCGAACCUUCACUUCAUUCUCAGGGCACUUCUUCUAGAUGUUCUAAACGCAAAGUUUCAAUGAUGGAGAUGUUAGAAAAGCAAUAUGAAAGGUUAAAUAGUGGAAUUGAAAGGGUGUCAGAAGUCUUGGAAAGAGGAAAUGCUAUUGCAGAAAAGUCUCUUGCAAUUCUUGAAAGUGGUCGACCCCAUUAUUAUAAAGAGGAAGAGUUAUUUACAGAGUUGGAAUUAAUAGGGGUCCAUCCGGAUUUCGUGAUGACAGCUUAUUGUUACCUUUCAAAAAAUCCAUCAGCAACAAGGUCAUUUUUUGGUGUUCCACGAGCAAGGCGUUUGGAAUGGUUGAUGAGAGUUGUGAAUGACAAGUGAUCUAAAGAUGAAGGCUAAUUGACUGCAUGUUGUUUGAAUGAUGAUAUUUAGUGUUAUGUGAACUUAUUUUGUAUGUAAUAUUAGGCAUAAAUGAUAGUAUUUGGAUUUAUAUGUAUAAAUUUUAAUGAUUAGUAGGACAUACCAUUAAUAUUGGAAUUAGAUUUUGCUUGAAAUAAUAGCAGCAAUAGGCAAUGUCAAUUAUGGCUAUAGGAAUGCCAAACAUCCAAGUAUUGUAAGAAAAUUAAUUAUAUUACGUGAUCUAUAAAAUCUAUUAUAUUACUUU